GAAUAGGGCGCCGUCUUCUACCUCUGUCCAAGUCCCAGCCACCAGUAGUAGUUCGUUCUCUCUCUCUCUCUCUUUCUCUCCGACGACUCAAUCAACGAUCCUUUCCUCUUCUCUACUGCCCUGUUCAUCUCUUCAUUCACUUCACCUCAUCAUCUGAAAACACAAUGCUCUGUUCUGUACCCGCCGGUAAAUCCAGUUCUAAAUGGCUCGAUCGUCUCCGAUCAGCCAAAGGAUUCCCUGUCGGCAAUGAGCUCGAUCUCGAGCAAUUCCUUGCUCGCCGCGUCGAUGAACCCUCCAAAUCUUCCGAUAUUAAACCCUCCUCCGAUGCUAGCAUUGCCUCCAAAUUGAAUUCCAACACUGGGACAGAGGAAACUCGUCGAGGAGACGGGGAGUGGAUGGGACUAAUUACUAAUGUUCUAUCUGAGUUCUUUUACAUGGGAGAUCCUGUCAAUUUCUCUAGAAUUGGAGGCAAAAAGGGUUCGCGUAAACAACAAAACCCUAAAUUCUGCGUUGUUUCUGCUCCCCUCAAUGUUCAAAAUGCGAAUUUCUAUAACCGUAGAGAUGCACUGGCUUCACCGUUGAUUCCUUCCAGUGGAGGAGACAACAGUUGUACGGAAGCCAAGGAGGAAUUGAGAGCUCCGUCAAAAAUGGCCAAAGCAAAGAAACCUGCUGCCACAUGUUUAGCGGAUGAUGUCGAAGAUGACAAGCAUCAAUUCAAUCCCUCCGGAUUCUCUCGUACUGAUGUGACUGUAAUUGACACCAGCAUCCCAUCUUGGAAGUUUGAAAAAUUGUUGUUCAAAAGGAAGAAUGUGUGGAAGGUUAGAGACAAAAAAGGUAAAUCAGCAAGCGUUAUAGGAAAGAAGAGGGAAGCAAAAUCAUCGGAUGAACCUCAUCAUGUUAGUGAAAAGAAGCUGAAGCUAUGCAGUUCACCCAAAGUGCAUCAUCCUGGGACUAGUAAAGUUGACAAAGAUUAUGGAGAGACUUCACCUGCUUGUCAAGGAUCUAAAAAGAGAUUAGUGGGGAAAGCAAAGGAAGGCGGAUCAUCAUCUGUUGUCCUGAUAAAAGAAAUUCCUCCUUGCAACAGAAAGGGACAAACAUCAUCCAUAAGAGUAGUAUGAAUGAAUGUUGUUCAUUGUCCCUGACCAUAAGCAAGCAGUUAAUUUUGUUGGAUAAUAACAUGCUCCUGCUGCUGACCUGUGGAACUGUCCAUACAUGCUUUGUAUCCCUUAUGUCUUCAAGAUCUCAGAAUUAGAUUGUCUUUAAAUUGAUUAAUGAUUUAUUUUUAUUAUUAUUCAGAAUCUUUUUGUAUGAAUUGUUCUUCAAGUAAAUAGUAUCUGGCAAAUCCAUGGUUUAUUUGA